CGAACGAUCAAAAUGAUGUAAUAUGAUCAGCAUUUAGCUGUUGACUUACCUUCUAUCGGGUUUUGGAGAUCGAGCAGACGGUUUCGGUGAUCUUGGUGAAGGAUUUGGAGAUAUUGAAGAAGCCAUUGAGGAUAUAGAAUAUCGUUUUUCAUUCAAAUUUCGAGAUUUUCAACGUUCGCAGUGUUGCUAUUCCGGAGGAGAAAAAAACAAAUUUAUCGAGACACGAAGUUAUUGAUUGACUGAUUGGUUAAUGAAGUAUCAACUUUUAAUGGAUUGAUAUCGAUUUUACAAUGUAAUGAAGUACCCAGCGUGAAAUCAACGUAGAAAAUAAACAACUGUAUCAGGUGAGUUCGAUCGACGAUCAACCAUUCAAAUCCAUCCAACCAAGUAUGAUUCACAUUUCAAGUUUUUCCUAGGAAUGGUCAUACUGUUUGCUACCUCGAAAGCUAACAUCGUCGUUCCAUUCACUCCAACCCCGCUAACCACUACGAAGCCUACACAAUCGGAUGGUCAUCCUUUUUUCUGCGACAUAUUCAGCGAAUCUCAGGUGUACUGCGGGUUAAACGUCAAAGCGCAGUCAAAAAUUCGCACAUUUUACGAUAUUCCUCGACAAGUGAAAUAUUUUGAUGCGAAUUCAUUCGUCAAAGGAUCAUGGACGAUACAAAGUCCGUUAACUUUUCGACUAUUCACGAAUUUAAGAAAAAUGCGCUUCGUAGGUCUGGUGGAAAUACCUUUAAUGCAAGACUCGAACCCUACGAAAAUGGAAUACGUGAACAAAUUAUUCGAUUUCCCAAACCUGAGGUAUCUGGAAUUACGAUACUGGAAUUUGGACGAUUCUAAUUGGAAGUUUCCCGAUAAACUGGAGACGUUGAUUUUGAACAGAUGCGAAUUCACUCGACUCAAUUUAACCUUGAACAAGAAUCUGGUUUUAAUUAACGUGGCUGCUAAUAAUUUGAAAAAAAUGCCCAUGUUGUCCGACCCACCACCUCCGAUCGAGACGUUGAUUUUAUCGAGUAAUCCUAACCUGGAGUUCGUCGUCGAUGAAAUCGUUCAUUUGUGCAAUUUGAAAAAUCUCGGCUUGACUACGUUCAACGCUAAUUUGAAUCAGACGGCGAAAGUCUGCGAGUGUCGAAGAUUGAAAGAUUACAUGAAGGAAUUUGACAUCUCGCCGUAUGAUGAAUUCUCUUGUCCUACGGAGGAUAAUAUCAAUUGCUUAGGAUAUGGUAUCGAUGGUCUUAGAUCGACUCGUAAAAUAAAAUGUCCGAGUAUCGAACCAACCACACACAAACCCACUCAAAUAUUAUCUGCUGCAGUUGAACAAGAAUCGUGGUUAUCUAGAUAUGCUUUACCCCUUGGCAUCACAAUUAUUCUUCUCAUCUCGUUGUUCGCGAAUAUGCUAUUGCUCGCUGCUGUGUUCUCUAGACGUAGGGGGGCUGCCAGUACGUCGGUUACGUGGGAGUCUCCUGCUCCCGAAGCUACCUAUGAGGAGGAAGGUGAACUUUGAGAACGUGAUGAUCGAAGUUAUCAAUCACUUGGAAUGAUUAUUGCGAAAGUGCAGAUAUUUUAAAUGUCUGUAGUGCACCUACUUAUUGUUAUGAAUGAUAUUCUCGAUUCACAGACGCCCCCUCCCCUUGUUUAAAGUGUUAUGUCCAUUCGAAAUGCUAUGUAAAUAAUCUGCGAAUAAAAUAAUGUUCAAAUUUUCAUGCAGUUUAUGGUACAAUGUUCGAAAAUUUUGAAUUGAAAUCAGUCUGACAUUUUGAUUUUUUUUCGUUGAACUUUGUGAUCAUCUCAGCCAGAGUAAUUUUUAACAAAAUUUGAUCAAAAGCACUUGAUAUUUAUUUAUAUUUUCAAUUUUGGAGGGUUUGAGUGAGGAAGACCUUAAUCUAAAAUUCGUCCAGAUUUUCAAAAGGGAAUGGCAAGAGCCAAGGCAU